AUGCAGACGGUACUCAAAGGCAGCGGGCUUGCCCUGGUCUUCACCUUUGUCCUGGUUUGGGGAUCUUCAGUUCAAGGUCACCCAAUGCGCAGAGCCAGGUACCAGUGGGUUCGCUGCAAGCCCAACAGCAACUCUGCAAACUGCACUGAGGAAAAGGGACCACUGUUCGACCUGAGCACAGACAAGUCCAAUAGCAUCCUCCCUGCCGGCUCGGAUCCUCCUGUAUUGACAAAAUCCCAGCUCUGGAAUGAUGUCUUUCCUAUUUCCGAGGGCUUUUCUGGCUCCAGCUCCGGCUCAGGUUCUGGCUCUGGCAGUGGAUCCGGAAGUGGCUCCCAGCCCGACACAGAAUGGGAAUACCAGCUAGUAGAUGAAAAUGAUGUCUAUUACAACUUUAAACCUCUCAAGAGGAAGCUUCCCAUGGAAGACCAUUGCUUGGCUCAAGAUAGACUAGAAGAUGGCUUUAUUUUAUGA